AUGAUGAUGACGAGACCAACUACGGCGGAGAUGGCGGAACGGUUCGCUGGCACCGCGACAGCACCCACGCCCGCCACGUCCGUGAGCAAUGGACCCAAACCAAACCCCAACGGCAGCAAGAGACCCACUCCCCUCGUCAUCUACCCCACCGUGACACCGGAGUCUAUAGUGGUGCCUAUAGUGUCGUGUAUUUUCGGAUUUCCUUUGCUAGCUCUCACAGUCAUCUGCUGUCUUAGAAGAAGAGCAAAACUGGCCAGGGAACGAGCAAGAAGACGUAACUGUGAACUAGACCGUGGUGAUUUAUCAGUGGUUCGGUUGUCGCCCGUGAAAAACAAACCGCGAGCCAUGAGCUUGGUGCGAUCCCCACGACCACCACCAGUGCUGGAGCUGGACACCGUGUUAGAAGAAAAAUCAGACCCAGAACAGACCACGCUAUCACAGGUAGAAAUAACUCCAGACCGUGAGGUGGGUGCUAUCCUGUUUGGAGCUGUAGGAGCGAUCGGCACAGCCGCCGCAGUUGGUUACGCUCGGGACAGCUAG